CGCCAAAAUCGCAGCAAGCACAAUAAACACCAACACACACGCAUCCACCAACUGUCAUCGGGCACAGCGAAUCUCAGCUGUCAGUUGGGACUUUCCGUUCCGUUUCAUAAUCCCGUGGCUGCGGGCGGUACAUUUUGCGUUCCACAACACGGUCCGUGGAAUUCGGGACACAUCCAUCGGUUCCGUGUUUCCUUUUUGCUGGAGGUUCCGGUACGAACGGAAGAUUGUUCUCCCUGCGCGUGUGUGUUUGUGUGUGUCUUUCGUUUUGUGUGGAAGUGAUUCUUUGUGCUUCGCUUGCUCCUCACGACCAUCCCGGUGGGUACGCGACCGCGUAAAACGUACCAGUCAGCCAGGCCGGACCAAAAGCCGUGACGCCCACUCCUUGCGAACGUACGUUUCGAGCAUCCUAGUGGUGUUCGGAGGCGUAAGACUGACAGUUGUCAUGCUUCAGAAUCACUUUGUAUAGAGCUCGAAAUACGAAACAGAGUUGAUUGGAGUAAACAAGAACACGAUCUCCAGAACUCAAAACUCCAGUUUUGCGGCUGUAUUCACACAUCGGAAGACACAUAGUUUUGUUCUUUUGUUUUUAGAAUCUCGCGCAUUAAACUCGACCCUCGCCUCACCCCCCCGGAGGACAACAACAUGUGGUGGAAGUUCAUCGUAGAGGUGACCAAUGAGUACAAGAUUCUGCGUGGCAUGAUAUCGUACUCGGCGCUCUGGCCCAUCGGAUGUCUCAUUCAGCAAACGUUCGAGGGUAAGCGGCUGAAAAACUAUGACUGGGAGCGUUGUCUUCGUUACAGCCUGUACGGCACGUUCGUGUCCGCCCCCAUGCUCUACACGUGGAUGCGCUGUGCCAACAUCAUGUGGCCCCGGACGGAUCUUCGGUCCUCGCUGGCGAAAGCGUUCACCGAACAGGGUGCGUACGACCCGUUCGCCAUCGUGCUGUUCUUCUACGGCAUGAGCAUCCUGGAGCGUCGAUCCCAGAGGGAAGCGGGCGAUGAGGUUCGGGCGAAGUUCUGGGACACUUACAAGGUGGGCUUCUUCUACUGGCCGGUGGUGCAGACGUUGAACUUUUCGCUCGUUAGACCUAAGAACCAGAUUGUCAUUGCCGGGUUCUUCAGCCUCAUCUGGACGACGUUUCUGGCGUACUCGAAGUCGAGUCAAAAGCAGCAACCGAUGGCUAUUGUACAGGCGGCGUAGACAAGGUGGCGUAACGUUUGAACUGUAGAUGUGAUGAACAGUGUUAGACCAGUUUAUAGGUUGAUUAUGUUCGAAAAAAAAAAGUUUGUAUAAAUUAUGUCCCUGACGAAUGGUGCUAAUAAAUAGGUAGUCCAUAUAUGUAUCUUCUA